GGCAAGUUUGAGCGUUCGUUAUAAGUCUUAUUUAUACAUAUUAUAUAUAUUUAUACAUUGAUUGUAUUAGUCAUUCGUUUAGAACUAGCAUAAAAUUUUUGAUUAUAUCAAUUUUAAAAGUAAUUGUUACAAGUUAUAUUUCAGGCCAGUGAAGAUGUCGUCAAGAAAGACAGCCGGUCGUCGUGGUACCAACAAGAAGCGCGCACAGCGUGCCACUUCAAAUGUCUUUGCUAUGUUUGAUCAGGCGCAAAUCGCCGAAUUCAAGGAGGCUUUCAACAUGAUCGAUCAAAACCGGGACGGGUUUGUGGACAAAGAAGAUCUCCAUGACAUGCUUGCUUCUCUCGGUAAGAACCCCACCGAAGAAUACUUGGAUGCUAUGAUGAAUGAGGCGCCGGGUCCUAUCAACUUCACCAUGUUCCUGACCCUGUUUGGUGAGCGUCUCCAAGGAACAGAUCCCGAAGAUGUUAUUAAGAAUGCAUUUGGUUGUUUUGAUGAAGAGAACAAUGGUGUUAUGUCGGAGGAGCGUCUCCGGGAGCUGCUUACUACAAUGGGAGACAGGUUCACUGAUGACGAUGUUGAUGAAAUGCUGCGUGAGGCUCCCAUAAGGGAUGGGCUCUUUGACUAUGUGGAAUUCACACGCAUAUUGAAGCAUGGCGCCAAGGAUAAAGAUGAGCAGUAAAUGUUGUUUGAAUGUUUUCUUUCAAUGUACAUGUUAUCUCAUAAUGUAAUCUUACAUAACCAAACCAAUCUAUUAAGGUCUAUGCACACAUACCUACUUCAAAAUCUCUGAGUUCAUCUUAAAAUUGUGUAAGCACGACAAUUUGGUGACACCAAAUUUCCCAUAUGUGUGUAACCUAUCAGUUUUUCAAGAUUACGUUAGAUUGUAUGGACACAUCAAUCUCAAAAGACGGCGAGGUGCUAAAAUAGAAUUAUAAGAAAUUUGUUGCAUUUCUGAUUCUUUUAAAUCAUGCAUUUUUUUUCAAACAUUUCCAUUGAAAGCCUGACGAGCAUGUUUUAAUUUAAUUUAUAUAUUCUUUGUAUUCAAAUGUAUUAACCAUUUAAAGAUAUAAUAAUCAAUUAUGUUGAUAAUGUAACUAGUUCUUUGUAUGGAGUAUUUUGAAUUGAUUCAUUGGCUUGAAAGGUGUUAUCAUUCCUGUUUUCUAAUGUUUUCGUUCUAGUAAUUAUGACUUUAUUAUAAAAUGAUCUAAUUAGUCCCAAAUGUUGUCACGACUAAUGCUUUAGAAAUGUAUCCUUUGAUUAAUCACCUAUGUAUUUAUAACGUGUUUUUCAUAUAAAUAUAUCGUAAAA